AUGGUCGAUACCACCUCCUGCCAGAUCCCAGGUCCCGGGUUCCAGACCUGGCCGGGCUACAAGAGACGAAUUCGGAACACGAAGUGGUGCAUGCACAGACCACUUCGGGCGUGGCUCAUUACAUGGAAUGGUGCUUCCCCGUCCAAACAAUCGAACAAAAACGCUGCCAUAAAUACCUACUGCACCGAACUAGCGAACCGUCUGUACCUGGGCCGUCGUGUCAAAGAAGGCAAAGCCACAAAAGACGACGAGACGACAACCAUCCCGCUGUCCCUAAGCCGAGCUCGCAGUGAUACCGUCUCAGUAGGGCUCUCGGUGAUAUGCCAGGUCCGUUAUGUCGACGGGUUCUCGUUCAGGAAAUUGGGGCUCAUUCGCUCUACGGAGUAUAGUGCCCGAUUGCAAUUAUCCAUCAAUCAGCAGACCAUGGACAUGUUUGAUAGUGGUUGCGGCGCUGUCGACUCGACUGUCCUCUCCUACUCGGUUGACUACGACGAUAUUCUCUUGAUGUCGAUACACGCCAAUAGCAGUCCGAUAGAGUGGGAAAGCCGAGAGAAGCAGAGAACGAGACAGGUCGCAGAACGGGAAAUGACCGAAGUGAUCGAGACGAAUCCAUCCCCCUUGACGCAAGACGGAGCUGGCUCCCCAAACCUGAUAGGACUGCCCGACUCCUUCGAAGCCAAGCAGCGUGACGCUAGCCCACAUCAGCUGCGGCCUGAAGCCCCUGAAGCCCCUGCAGCCUGCAACAAAAGCAGUGGGAAGCGGUGGGAAAAUAGCAGCACUUUCAUUGCUCACUCGUCGCCCAACUCCCCCCCCCCCCGUUCUAUCCCGGCCUGGUCACGAGUCAACGACCGUCCUUGA